GUUUACUACGUACAGGCACGGCUAAUUUCUAAACCAGAAAAGUCAGAUGAUCUCUGAACAUUGAGGUUCUACUUUUCAUCUUUAAUACAAACUGCAACGAUGUCCCUUUUCAAGAAGCCUACAGACAAAGAGGUUUUGAGAAAAACGGAGAAAGACUUGAAGAAGACACAACGAGGAGUGGAUAGGGACAGAGUGAAAUUGGAGAGAGAUGAAAAGAGAUUAGAAAUGGAAAUAAAGAAGGCUGCUAAACAAGGCAACAAACAGGCAUGUGCAGUAUUAGCGAAACAACUCGUAAACUUAAGAAAACAGAAAGUUAGGUUAUAUGGGGCCAGUGCAACAAUAUCAUCAGUCAAUGCGCAGACUAAGUCUAUGGUAGCUAACAAAGCAACUGCAGAAGCCAUGGGGAGAACAGCAAAGGCGAUGGGUGCCAUGAACAAACAGAUGGACCCUCAGAAGGUGAUGAAAACGAUGCAACAAUUUCAGGUGGAAUCAUCCAAGAUGGAAAUGAAAGAAGAGCUGAUGGAUGAUGUAUUGGACGAUAUCCUAGGAGGAUCGGAUGAAGAGGAGCAAGACGCUAUCGUCAAUCAGGUCUUAGAUGAGAUCGGUAUUGAGGUUUCAGGGAAGCUUGCCGAUGCACCAGGGUACAAAGGAGCCCUCCCAUCAAAAGUGUCAGAAUCACAAGCAAAGGAUAAAGCUUUAGAAGAACAACUUGCCAGGUUAAUGAGGGAAUAACUCUUAAUUUCUUUUCUGCCAGUAAUAAAUGUAUAUUUAUGUCAAUUUUUAUACAUGUUUUUAUUUUUAUCAGUCAUUGACACUUCAUUUGAAAGGGUAAUGAGAAUUCAUCUAUGACACCAUUGGGGUGUUUCAUGACGUGUCUUUUCACUGAUUUUCGUUGACAAAUUAUCUCUCAGCCAAUCAGGUGCUAGGAUUUCAGUAGCUUAUAACAGCUGUCACUGAAAAUCUGUGAUGGAUUGCUUCAUGAAACAUUCCCUUGUGAUAUGUUAUUUAUGUUAGUAUGGUUGUUCACCAUACAUUGCUUUCUGUAUUUAUAGUAUAGUGCAUUAUACAAGGACAUGAAUUAUAAAAGCAAACAGUUUUGUGAGGAAUGUAUUUUCAGAGUUUUAGGAAUUACUGCAGUCCAAACAUUGAAGCUCUCAGGUCAUAACAUGUAAUCUUCUUAUCUAACUUUCAUCAUGUGUUAAGAAUUAAUGUUACAGAGGUUUUUCUUUGCAGUAAAAUAGGUAUAAGUGGUCAUUUGAUCAUUAUAAUAAACUUCCUAUGCAAGGGGGUGUGUUUUGUUUUCCAUGAAAAUUGAAUAUACAUUAUCAUUUAAGUAUAUACUUAAGGAAACUAUCCACAAAUGCCACUUAUCUUUCAGUGCAGGUCAAUUCAAUUAAUUUCCAUAUUCCAAGCAUUGUGAUUAUUACCCCUCUUAAAUUCCAGGCCCGGGUUAGCUCAUCAAUAUACAAAAUGACCCACUCUGUGUCAUUUUUGGCAGUGUAAUUUUUUAUUUCUCAUUGACACCGGUCUACUUCAUGCACAGAAGGUUACACGGGAGCAAAGAGCAUUUUUCUCAUUAUCAAAAUAUAUCAUACAUAUAUACCAGGCUUUGAGUAAGUAAAGCGGGAAUUAUUAUUCCGAGGUUGGACUGCCAUUACUAUUUUUCCCCAAAGCCGUGAGGGAAAAAUAGUAAUUUUGCUAAUUUAACCGAGGAUGAAUCAUCCCUCUAUACUUUUGAAAUGAUGGCCUAGUAUGUUUGUUUUAUGGCCUACAUUUAAUUAGUUAGUACAAUAGAUCAUGCAUGAUAAUCCAGUUAUUGUACUCUUAGUUCAUCCUUUUCUAAUCUGAACCAAUAUAUAGAUACCUUUUUUUCUGAAGCCAUUUUCUCAGCGGAACGCGGAUUUGUGUUUCUCUGAUGACCGUUGUGCAUGAUCCAUCUCAAUGAUCUAUGACAUCAAUGAGUGCACUAUUUCAUCAUUGAUGCCACGAAAUAGUAAAUUUUCUUUAGUUGGCAUUUCAUUCUCAAAAUCAUCGCAAAAUAAUGAGAAUAUGUUUGGCCACAUGAUGCUAUUCAAACCAAUCAGCAUACUGGAUGUAAUAAAAAGUACUUUCACAACUGUAGUCUAUACAAAACGCUCAAUCAGCUUGGACAGAUUGACCCAUGUUACAGACAUUUCAGAUUCACUCUGUCAGUCUGAAAUAUGGAAAGCUACAGAUGUUGUAAUCCAUCAGCAGGAGGCACUGUCUUAUUGUGAAUAAAAAGGGGCUUGAUACCACAGUCACACAGGCCAAACUGACUCCAGGAGAUUCAAAUUUUACCACAUUAUUUACAAUGACAUAUGUUUGGUUAGUUUGAAGGCGGUUUCAUUGGUGUGACUAAAGCUUGAUUUGGUGGCAUGCAAACAACGCAAUCAUGAGUAUUGGUUUAAGAGUCAUCUGAUUUUACACAUGCAUUUAAGAUGAUUGUGAUGUUACUUACAAUCAAUUUUUGAGAUAGUAGGAUCAAUCUAUACUCUUUGUGUAACAGGGGCCCAGGUUUCCUUUUCUUGUAACUUUCAUUUUAUUUAUUGAAUGAAUACAUAUGUUCUUUUUUGUAUCAUUUUGUGUCAUGCAUGCUCUAAUUCCAUCACGAGUCAAC